UUGAUCAUUUUCUUUUCCAAGAAAAUUCCACCAACACGGCUGCUGCUCUCUUCUCCUCUUUCUAAGAAAAAGGUUCCAUUUACCUCUCUGUAUUCGAUUUAUGUUUGCUUUUUUGUUUAGUUCAUCAUCCUAAAGCUAAAGUGAAGUUGAAGUUAUCGUGGGUUUUAAGGGUUAUUUGUGUUGAGAGAUCACCAAAAGUUAUCAGAGAGCUGAACAAGUGGAUCAUCUGUUGGUUUAUGGCAGAGACCAGUAGACGUUAUGCGUUGGGAAAUCACUUAGAUAUUGAGCAGAUACUCUUGGAGGCACAAACUCGAUGGUUACGUCCUGCUGAAAUUUGUGAAAUUCUUCGAAAUUAUCGGAACUUCCGCAUUACUCCAGAGCCUCCAACUAGGCCUCCCAGUGGUUCCCUUUUCCUGUUUGAUCGGAAGGUCUUGAGAUACUUCAGAAAGGAUGGCCAUAAUUGGCGGAAGAAAAAAGAUGGCAAAACAGUGAAGGAAGCUCAUGAGAGGUUAAAGGCAGGAAGCAUUGAUGUGUUACAUUGCUACUAUGCCCAUGGCGAGGGGAAUGAAAAAUUUCAAAGACGCAGUUACUGGAUGCUCGAAGAGGAUUACAUGCACAUCGUACUUGUCCACUACCGUGAAGUGCAGGGUACCAAAGCAUGUUAUGGACGCAAUAGAGAUACUGAAGAAGUUAUACCCAGUUCUCAAAAUGGAAGUCCUGCAUCUUCCAGUGUUAUUUCAAAUUACAACCAGCUACACUCGCAAACCAUUGAUACUACAAGCCUGAACAGUGAGCAAGCAUCAGAAUAUGAAGAUGCUGAGUCUGAUAAUCAUCAAGCAAGUUCGUCAUAUCACUCUUUCCCUGGGUCACAACAACCUGAUCGGCACGUGGAUUCUGGUGUAUGGAGCUCUUAUUAUCCGACUUACUCAAACAGUUCACAAGGGACACAACCAGCAGUCCAAGGGAUGAACUUUACCCAAUCUGACCGUGUCAAUGGAAGUAGAGUCAAUAAUGAUGUUGGGUUUGAAUUAGCACUUGAACCACAGAAACAACUUGGUUUAGCAUCCUGGGAGAAUGUUCUGGAGGGAUUUCCGAGUGAACUACACAAGCCAUCAGUUUCUGCAACACAACCAGACACCAGGGGGGUCUCACAACAAGAAAAUGUAUUGCUCGGGAAACAUUUGGGAAAUCAGUUCAACAUUAAGCAGGAGGUUGUAGAUAGAACCAGGGGCCAAGAAAAAUGGCAGGGUAGUUCUGAUUUACAUAGUGCCUUGGAGCAGUUCCAGUCACACACUGAGCAGCAAAAUGGACAUCUUCCGCAAAAUGAGUUUCAAAUGCAGCUUGAUGCAGAACUUGGAUCCCUUCUGAAAUCAAAUUUGGAUGAUAAUAUGGGUAUAGAUGAAAGCGUCAAAUACUCUUUAACUGAUAAUCAUCCAUUGCUUGGGAAUGGUAAAACAGAUGAGUUGAAGAAAGUAGACAGCUUUACCCGUUGGAUGACUAAAGAACUUGGAGAGGUAGAAGUAACAAACACAAUGUCCAGUUCUAUCACUUACUAUGAUACUAUUCAACGUGAAAGUCCUGUAAAUGACUCCAGCUUGUCCCCUCAAGGGCAGUUAGAGUCUUACUUGCUGAGCCCUUCCCUAUCUCAGCACCAGCUUUUCAGCAUUAUUGAUUAUUCACCAAAUUGGGCAUACACCGGUUCAGACACCAAGGUUCUGGUUACUGGGAAAUUCCUAGGGAGGCAACAGGAUAUUAUGAAAUGUAACUGGUCAUGCAUGUUUGGGGAGGCAGAAGUUCCAGCCGAUGUGCUAGCUGAUGGUGUUCUUCGCUGCGACGCUCCUCCUCACACUGCCGGUAGUGUCCCUUUCUAUAUUACAUGCUCUAACAGGCUAGCUUGUAGUGAAGUGAGGGAAUUUGAAUUUAGAGUGGGGCAAUUUCAAAACUCUGACCUGGCGGAUCUGUAUAAUAGCAAUUCAAAUGAUAUGCUUCUACAUAUAAGACUCGGAAAGAUGCUUUCUUUACCACCUUUUGCUAUUUUGAAGUCUCUCUCUUCUGGUGAGAUACCUAAUACGAGUAGUAAAAUCAGCUCGUUGAUGAAUGAAGAUGAAAAUGAAUGGCUACAAAUGUUGAAGCUUAUCUCGGAGGAGAUUUCCCCAGGUGAAGUGAAGGAGCAGCUACUCCAAAAGAUAUUAAAAGAGAAAUUGCAUGAGUGGUUACUUUACAAAGUCGCUGAAGGUGGAAAAGGACCCAAUGUUCUAGACAAGGAGGGCCAAGGUGCCUUGCAUUUGACAGCUGCUCUUGGUUAUGAAUGGGCUGUAUCACCGUUACUAGCAUCAGGUGUCAAUAUCAAUUUCCGUGAUGGGAAGGGCUUGACGGCUCUUCACUGGGCAGCAUUUUGUGGCAGGGAGCGAACAGUUGCUGCCCUUAUUUCUCAGGGUGCAGCUCCUGGGGCAUUAACAGACCCAACUCCAGAAUUUCCUUUGGGCAGACCACCUGCUGACCUGGCUUCCAGCAAUGGACACAAAGGAAUUGCUGGUUACUUGGCGGAGUCUGCUUUGACUACCCACCUUUCAACCCUUUCUUUGAAGGAUACAAACAACACUGAUUUGCCAGAAACUUCCGCUAUUCAGACAGCUACAGAACGGGUUGUUGUACCUUCUUCGGAUGGUGAUGCGUCACUGAAGCAUUCACUAACUGCUGUGUGUAAUGCCACUCAAGCUGCUGCUCGUAUUUAUCAAGUUUUCAGGGUGCAAUCUUUUCAGAAAAGACAAUUGAUUGAGUAUGGUAAUGAUAAAUUUGGAAUGUCAGAUGAGCGUGCUCUAUCAUUAAUAUCUGUCAAAUCACAAAGGUCAAGACAACAUGAUGAGCCUGUGAACAGUGCUGCCAUACAUAUACAGAACAAGUUUCGUGGUUGGAAGGGUAGAAAAGAGUUUCUUGUUAUUCGCCAGCAAGUUGUUAAGAUUCAGGCUCAUGUAAGGGGUCAUCAGGUUAGGAAACAUUAUAAAAAGAUCAUCUGGUCAGUCGGUAUCGUGGAAAAAGCAAUUCUGCGUUGGAGACGGAAAGGGAGUGGUUUUCGUAGGUUACAACACGCAUCUAUCGAGGCCUCUAUCUCACAAAGUGAGCCUUCAAAAGAGGAUGACUAUGAUUUCCUAAGAGAAGGCAGAAAACAGACUGAGGAAAGGUUGCAGAAGGCACUUGCAAGGGUGAAGUCUAUGGUUCAUUAUCCAGAAGCAAGAGACCAGUAUCAUAGGCUGCUUACUGUUGUGUCUGAGUUUCAGGAAGCACAGACAACACAAGCUAAACAAUUAAACACUUCUGAAGAAUCAAUUGACUACGGAGAUGACUUAGAUAUCGGAGAACUACUGGACGAUGACACGUUUAUGCAACAUGAAGAGUGAGCCUGUGAAAUUUUUGUAAAAUCUGGUUCGAGUUUUUCUCCCUUCUCUUUUGUACAUUUAUGUGACUAAUCCUUGUGUGUACUUAGUCUUUUGUACAUAAAAUUUGUACGAAUAGUUUCAAAUCCAAUCCGUUUACUUGUUAGAUGUUAAAGCGGGUCGAUAAAUAUACAAACUCAGAAUUAAGGGAUGAUUUGUAAUUUUGUAUCUUUACCUGACACUUCACUCCUCAUAUUUACAUUUAGAGACAUGUUUGAACAGUUAAUAUACAUUUCAUUAUGAUCCGUU